AUGGGAUUAUUUGAUAAGAUUCAAGAUAUCGAAAAUUAUAAUAAAGAUUUAGCCGAUAAAGAGAUAGAAACUAGAAGAGAUAAUGUUGUUGAUUCAUUGACAUCAGCUUGGAAUCAAACUGCAGAUGCUUUAUCUUCUCCAUCUUCCUGGAAUCUAGAUACUUUUUCAAACGAUAAGAUUGAUGAUUUAUUGACAAAUACUUCAGAUACGGUUGGCUCUUUAUUUAAUUUGUUUGGUGCUCCUGAUAAAUUCUCAAGACCAAGACCCUUAAGAGCAAUAAUUGAUAAUCCAUUUGUUGAUGGUGAAGUUGCUAAACAAGGUAUCACAGGCUUGUACAAUUAUAAGACUCCGACAGAAAGUCAAUUUGAAAAAUGUCAAGAAAUUGGUGGAUUGUCUGUUUGGAACACUAAAGGUUGGUGGAGAUGCUUAUUCCCAAAUGCUGUUGUACAAAAGAAUUUGGAUUCCUUAAAUAUUAAAGACAAUAUUGAAGAUAAUGUUUUAACUAGGGAAAAAGUUGAAUCAGAUAAAGAUCACCAAAAAUAUGGUUUGUUCUUUACUGAUUUCUCAAAUUACCUACAAUGGAGACUUCAUAUGAAUAGACUAAUUAAGGAAAAAGAACAGCAAAAGUAUGAAACAGAUAAGUUAAUCAAAUCUGAUGAUUUCUUUUCCACAACUCCUGAAAAUCUAAUGGUAGAUGAACCCUCUAACUUCGGAUCAACUAACGGUAAGACAGUCGUGGGGCAAUCUAAAAAUGUAUCUUAUUCUUCAACCUUGGAAGGUAAAGAAAGGUUGAAAGAGUGGAAAACUUACUAUGAUGAUGGUUCAGUAUCCAUUAAGCGUGAAACUAAAAUUGAACCAGCCGAUGGGGGGAAACCUAGGACUGAAGUAACUACUUCUUUGAUUCCUCCAAAAAAAUAG